UUUCCUUUUCCUUGUGGAUUUCGAACGCGGUUGCUGCUCGAGGUGGUCCUCGCUGUGCCGCCUGGCCGUCGCCAUGGUGAAGCUGAGCAAAGAGGCGAAGCAGAGGUUGCAGCAGCUCUUCAAGGGCGGCCAGUUUGCCAUCCGCUGGGGCUUUAUUCCUCUCGUGAUUUACCUGGGAUUUAAGAGGGGUGCAGAUCCUGGAAUGCCCGAACCAACUGUUUUGAGCCUACUUUGGGGAUAAAAAGCUAUUUGGUCAUCUGGAUUUGGAAGCAAUCAAUGGACACAGGAAUAGCAUGGAAGAGUAUGUGCUUUGGCUGGGAUAAGAGAUGAGACAUUGUUCAGACGGUCACCAUUUGGAUGGCACAUGACUCUUCACAGAUGCAUCUGUGGCAGUGUGGAACCUCUACUGACUUAUUUAUAAUAGAAUGUAUUAAAAUAAAUAUUUUUUAACAAUGUUA